GGGUUUGAUAUGAUUGGGGAUAAGCACCAAAUAACAAUGUGGUAUUACAACACAUUCCAUUAUACUUCUGAAAUGGCAAAAAAGCUUCAAAGAUGUGGUCCAAUGAGCCAACUUGGAUAGAUGGAAACAAAGAGCCUUAGCUGGCUAAUGCUAAUACAUGCCAUUGAUUUGCUUUAGCCACAGGUGUAUCUAAUUAGGUGCUGGAUACAAACUAGAACAUACUCAAAUCUAUUUGGACCUUUAAAAGAUUUGCUUCUCUCAUUAUCCACUUCUGAAUUUAUGUUAUUUUUCUUGUAAUCAAAAAGUAAUUUCAUAUGCUUUUGACUAGGAAUAAUCACCAUAUUCCAGUAUAAAUUCAAGUUUAUUUUCAAUCUUAAACUAGGACGGGAAUUCAGAUGAAAACUGUUCCAGCUGUUACUUUUUCUAGGAUCUGGUCCACAUCUUGUAUGAGCCUAUACCAAAUGAUUAUUAUCAAGUUUGCUACCCUCUGGUGCAAAUUUUUGUGCUGCUAAGUUACCUUGAGAGGUGAUAUUUUUUACUAGAGUGCAGAGCACAUUUCGUUUACAAGCUUAACUAAUGACGUGUUGAAAAAACAAAACAGAAAGAAUGAACUAAUGACAUGUACUGGAAAUUAAACAUAAAGUGGAAAAUGUCCCAAUUCAGUAAUGCACUAGGCUCCCUGUUCUGGCUUUAUCUGAACCUUUUUAUUUUAUAAUGAUUUGGUUGGAUAUGAUGUUGGCUAUGCAUGACUGUGCCAACUUCUUUUGGUGGUUCUGCUAUAAUAUAUUUUGCAUCUCUUAUAAAUUGUAGCAUUCCGAAACAUUUGUCGUGCCGGGAACUUUUCAUUCCAAUGGAUAAGGCAUUGUACCGAAAACCUACCAACUUAAAUCUCCCUUUAACUGGAAGGAAUGGAGCAGAUAUUGUCUGUUGCAAAACUACUACUUCAGAUAAAAAGCUUAGAAUAUUUGGCUUUGAGGUAAAUCCUUGUCCGAAGGAUAUCAUUUGUUCAACAUCUGAAAGUAAAGAAAGUAUAAUCUCCUCUGAAACAUUUGCAGAUGAAAGACCAGUCGGAAAAACUUCUAUCUGUAUGAAUUCCUCUGGCAUAGUUCAUCCCAACCCAAAUGAAAUCCUCAGAAACUUGAGCUCCUCAGUUGUCAGUGAGGUUAAAUAUGAGUGCCACUUCUGUUUAAAGAAGUUUACAAACUCACGGGCACUGGGAGGUCACCAGAAUGCCCAUCGUAAAGAGAGGCUGAAGAAGAAAAGAAUGGAUCUUGAAGCAAAAAGAGCUAGCUCCAUGUUCCAUCUUUACUCUUUGAUCAGAAACAGUGGAGUUAUCUACCCUUACUAUUCUCUAAGUCAUCGAAACCCUGCUCUUUAUGUUCCUACCAUUGUUUCUGGAAGUUCACUCGUCAAUUUCGACUCAGUGUAUCACUAUCACAACGUCACUCAUCCGCUAUAUGUUACUGUUGACGCUGACCAAGGUGAACUGCGAUUGCAGAAUAACUGGCAGGGUGGUGCGUAUAGAGGGAGAGACCUGUUAUCAUGAACAUUGAGUUCUUUUGCUGAAAAUUUUCUGUCAUCUAAACAUAGGUGUCAAUAUCCCUGGAAAUGAAUCAAGUUGCUUAUUUAUUCAUCACUUAUCA